GUUAUCAUUCGCGAUGCGUCGAUGAGACAUUGGCGUUAUCAGAUCAGAAAAAUUCUUCUCUGGAAAACUUGAAAACAACAGACGGUAAAGGGAGAUCAAUCUUAGGUGAGAAGGAAUAAUCUUGGUCCAGAAGAAAUUGCAGGAGAAUCAUGUUUUCGAAUGUUCUGUGGAGAAUUCUGAUAUUUUUAGCCUGUAUGAUUACCAUGAGUACCACGACCAGUUUGCCUAAGAGUGACAAGGUUAAUAAAUUACAAAAAAGAGUUCGAAGUCUGGCAACAGUCAUUGGAAAUCAACAGAGCAGUAUCCAAAGUUUGGAAAGCAAAACUGAAAGUCAAAGAAAAACAAUCCAAACACAGGAAAGCCUUGCUCAAAAUCGGAGCCGGAUUAUUCAAAAUCAGGCAAAUGUGAUUGAAAUGCUUGAAAACGAAUAUCAAGAUAUUCUCGACCUUGUUCAGUCGUCACAUUCCGCAACAUGUUCCAUGUUGAAACAAGAAUUCCCUUUAACACCAAAUGGAAUGUACAAAAGAAACCCCUUGAGUCCAAGCAAACCUGUUAAAGUCUACUGUGACAUGACUUCAAGGAAUGGCGUUGGUGUGACAGUGAUUGGACAUGACAGUGAAAUAAUAGCGCAUGUUAAAGGAUACGAAGCGGCCGGUUCGUACAGACGAAAUAUUACAUACGACAUUCCCAUGGAACAGAUUGCUGGCAUUAUAAAUAAGUCCGCGAACUGCGAGCAGUUUAUAAAAUACGAAUGUUUUCGUAGUGGGUUGCUGAAGAAUUCAGAUGGUUGGUGGGUAUCACGUCAAGGUUCUAAGAUGAAUUACUGGGGUGGAGCGGCAGUCGACAGCGGAAGAUGUGCCUGUGGAAUGACCAACAGCUGUGCAGGUAGGAAGGGAUGUAAUUGUGACAAGAAUGACAAUGAAUGGCGUGAAGACAGUGGAAACCUGACAGACAAGAAGACGCUGCCUGUUACACAGCUGAGGUUUGGAGACACUGGCGAUACGGUACCGGAGAAACGGAGAAAGGAAUCUGGCUACCAUACACUCGGGAAAUUACUUUGCUGGGGCUAAAAGACUGCUAAACUUAUGUAAUUGAUAAUUAUAUCUUACAUAUUCGUUAACUCGGUUUGAAAUGAUUUAUCAAAUUUGUAAUAUUAGACACAAUUAGACUGAUGCAUGCAAUAUUUCAUAGACUGUGUAUAAAACCUAGGAUGAUAAACUAAGUAUAUCUUUUUACCAUUAUAUCCAUAAAAC